AUGGGGAUUCCCCGGAGGGGAACAGAUUGUGUGAAAUCUUGUGUAAUCAGAGGGGUCAGAGCAGUACAGCACACCAGUAGAGUACAACAAAUGACACCGUGGGUUCACGUCUAAAGCCAUAACCUUAAUCAUUACGUAGUGAACUAGAAAGUAUGAUCAUGGAUUUGCCUAAAGUGGAGUGGAAGAAAUGGUCGGAGAGGGAGGGAGAGAGAGAGAAUGUGAGGGAUGGAUGGAUAGAGAUAGGGUGCAAAGAGAGAGAAAGUAACAGAUGGGUGCUUGAGGAUUAAGUCAAAUCUGGGUGUAUUUGUGUUAGAAACUCACCCAAGAAAGACGAGCGUGAGAGUGAGGGAGAAAAAGCGAAGGAAGUGAAUAUGGUAGAGAGGACGAAGGAGUGUAGAGGGUCGAUGUCUUUGAAGGCCUUAUAUGGUAAGUUGUUUUCUUUCAUUCCAAUGUGAUUUUUUUGAGCUUCGUUCAUUCACAAACAUCUGUUCGGUAACUUUCAUGCAUGCAUUGUACAACCUAACGGGUGGACAAGGACUCAAUGGAAAGCCCGCCGAUAUGCAGCACGUAGAGAAAAUACAAUGCGUACGGCAAUUGGAAAUCAUAUCUAGGCACAGGUAUUACAAGAAAUGAAACCUAUCUACCUACGAUAGCCUACAAGUAUCCCGCAGGAAGUGUGGAAAGUAGCUUUUAUCUUGGGGAGCUAGUUUUCUACAGCUUCAUAUGUGCUGUAGCACCAUCUGAAUUACAUGGGAAGGAAAAAUGAUACUGCGUGUGUGAUUGUGUGCCGGCUGUCAUAUUUAAUCAUAUUGCAGGACAAUGGGGAUAGGAGAUUUUCUUUGGUUUACCCGUUAAAUUGAUGCAGUCCCUAGACUGCCCCAAAUCUUUUACAGUUUCGAGUGAAGCAAUAAAAUAGUGUCAGAGUAUCUGGAGUUUAUAUGUAUGAGACUCUUCGAAAGGACAGAUUGAUUGACAGUUUGAAAAAAGAAAUUGUUGAAAAGCUGACAGAUUUAAACAAUUGGAAAAUUGAAGGGCUUGUAAUUUGAUAUUUCGGGAGUAAAUUGACCAAGUUUGAAGGAUAUUCCAAAUGUUGGAAUAUUUUGGUAUCAUGAUGGGAUAAAUGAAAUGCCUUACUUUUCUGGAUGAACUUGAAAAUGCCUAAUAUGGGUGUCACUAGGGAGCAGUCUGACUAACUCCUGGUCUUACUGUCACGAGGAAUCAUCUCCAUCAUUAUUUUGUGCUGCAAUUGACAAACAAAUCUGGCAACAACACAGCUAUACACUCUUAGAAAAAUGCCAAUAAGGUUCUUCGGCUGCCCUCAUAAGAGAACCCUUUUUGGUUACAUUUUUGUAAACUAGUAUACGCUCUUAUAGAGUGCAUACAUUUUUCAUUUUGUUUUGUACUGGUCCCCUAUGGGAAUCAAACCCACGACCCUGGCAUUGAAAGUGCCAUGCUUUACCAACUGAGCCACCCAGGGAGAACCUUUUUUGGUUCUCUGUGGAAAGGGUCCUACAUGGAACGAAAAGGGGUUCUUCAAAGGGUUCUCCUAUGCGGACAACUGAAGAACCAUUUUAGCUUCUAGAUAGCACUUUUUUGUCUGAGUGUAUAGUGGUAAUGUAUGCAGAUGUUUCCAGAUGAAAUAAAAAAUAUACAAACAUCACAUCUGUGAUUCUGCCAUCUUCGUCAGAUUGCUAUUCUACAUAAAGACCAUAUCAACACAGAUGGAUUGAUCUUUCAAUGUCUAUUGUCAGGUUGGUGGGUGUAGCUGGUGUAUAAAGUCAGGCGCAGGAGAGCAGAGAUGAGGGAAACAACACACUUUACUCGACAGCACAAAGUAAACAAUUUACAAGGUGCAAAAAGAACGGUUGCCACAAAGCAUGGGUGAUAAACAGCACCCGGUACAAACCAGCCGGAACAUUCCGACCUGAACAAAAUAACAAUCACACACAAAGACAUGGGGGGUUAAACAGAGGGUUAAACAGAGGGUUAAAUACAUGACCAGUAAUUGGGAAAUGAAAACCAGGUGUGUGGGAAAACAAAUGGAAAAUGACAAAUGGAUCGGCGAUGGCUAGAAGACCGGUGACGUCGACCGCCGAACCCUACCCGAACAAGGAGAGGCAUCGACUUCGGCAGAAGUCGUGACAACUAUUCUCUAAGGUGACCAAUAAUGAUUCAUGGAAAUGAAACAGACAUCAGACCAGUACAUUAAACCAUCCGUAUAGUAUGAUGAUGAUGAUGAUUGUGAUGAUGCCAAAGACUGUGAUUAUGAAGAUAAGGAUAAAGACUAUGAGGAUGACCACGAUGACAGGAUGAUGAUUGUGUGGGUGAUUGGGAUUGUGACGAUGCAUAAGAUUGUGACGAUGAAGAUGAUGAUAAAGAUUGCUGUGAUGAUGAUGACGAUGGUGAUCGUCAACGAUGUUGAUCGUGGUCUGUUGACAUAGUCCAAAGUAUGUAUGUAAUCUCAAACUUUGCUUACUAUAUGGAUUACAUCGUUGUCUAAACCUAUUGCCAUGUAAUAUGAAAUGUUUCUACUUAAAAGAGAUUACAGUGAACAGUGAUUUAUGACAGAUUUUUCUGUAAUUUGUUGCCCCUUAAUUACUCCUCCCAAUACUAAUCCAAAUUAUUUGUCUUGCUCUAUAGAUGGUUGGACAGACGUUACGAUCGUGAGGUCAAGUGGUAUUGCCCAGAUUUACCGAGUACAGGGAGAUUAACACAGAUUACGGACCAACAGAGAGGUAGAUUGAGAGAUUAGACUAAUCAUUACAUCAAAUCACAAUCUUCCUAAGAAAGCCGAGAUGCGCGGGAAGAACAGAGUAUGUCCUGAGAAAAAGGAGACAGGAGAGAAGGAUUAGGUGUUGUAUAAAAUGUGGUGAAAUUGAAGCGUUCCUCUUCCAGGAAACGACUGUAUAACAGCGAACACAUGUCAAUUCCAUGUCAUGAAGCUGGAAACACGGGAUGUAGCAUUCAGACGAAAAAUGUCAAAUGUAAGAAAAAUUCAUUCAUUCAAUUUGUUCUUCCCAAAUCUAAAGAUGAAAAGCUCUCUGCCUGAUUGCCUCAGUUCAAAGACUGCGUUGAUUUGCUCAUUAAUCAUCACAAGUCGUUAUCGAGGGACCACAGCUGGAUCAGCGUGUCAAGGGUGGAGGAAUAUCGAGAGGACUCGUUGGAGUAGACCAUGACAGAGGCUAGAGAUGGUUGGACAGACGUUACGAUCGUGAUAUCAAGUGGGAUUACCAAGAUUCACCUAGUACAGGGAGAUUAACACAGAUGAAUGAGGAUUACAGGCUAAUAGAGAGUUCCCUCCUCAUCAUUGUCAAUGCCCUCGCUCUAGCUGGUCUCUCCUCGGUCCUCUGUCAUCCCUGCGUCCAUCCUCUAGCCAGCACCCUCACCCUGUUUCACCAUCCUUCGCCUCAAGCUCCUCUUGAGACACCCCGUCUCUCGCUUCUCUUUCCUGCCUGUCUCCCACCUCUCUGUCUCUCUAUUGGAGGGGCAUUAUUUCUUCUCGCAGUGGCCCUCGCCCCACUCCCAUAAUCCACCAUGCUGGAGAACAUGUCACGAUGCAACCGCUCCCUGCUCUCUUUGUCCCUGACUUCGCUGGCCCUGGCACUGUCCAUUCUGGCCUUUUGCACCUCGUACUGGUGCGAGGGGACCCACAAGGUUGUCAAGCCCCUCUGCCUCUCCCCGGUCAAGUUGAAGAACUGCGGGCAGAACAACAGCCAGCCCUACACCACAGAGAGUCCCACUCUGGACCCUAAGAAGCCGGCAAACAACGUCACCUUGUCGCCCCAGGAAAACGAAGAGCAGGCGAGGCUUCGGAAAAAGGCCCUCGCCAACGCAGUGCACUACAUCUGGGAGACGGGCGAGGACAAGUACAUGCUGCGCUACUUCCACACAGGUUUCUGGUUGUCCUGUGAGGCACACAAUGAGGAGGAGAAGUGCCGAAGCUUCAUUGAAUUGACUCCAGGGGAGACACAAGGGGUGCUGUGGCUGUCAGUAGUAUCAGAGUUCACGUACAUAGGCCUGUUGGCCAUGGGCUUUCUCCUCAUGUGGGUGGAGGUGCUGUGUCUCUGUGCCCGGAAGGAGAUGUACGCUCUUAAGAUCAACGCCUUUGCCGCUAUAUGCACUGUCCUUUCAGGUCUGAUGGGAAUGGUGGCUCAUAUGAUGUACACCACAGUGUUCCAGUUGACUGUGAGCAUUGGGCCAAAAGAUUGGAGACCACAAACCUGGGACUAUGGCUGGUCAUUUGCUCUGGCCUGGAUCUCCUUCAGCUGCUGCAUGGCGGCGGCUGUCUUCACCCUCAACUCCUACACCAAGACGCUGAUCGAGAUGAAGCACCGCGCCCGCGUUCGUCUGGAGGAGGCCCGGGCGGCCAUCCAGGCACCCUCCUAUGACGAGGUGUUGCAGGCGGCCGGGGGCAUCUACUCAGUCAGCAGCCUGCUCCAGCACUGCCAUCAGGGGGCGUUGGUCGACCCCAUGUGUGAGGGAAGGGGGCCGCUGGUGGGCCCGGGGGUUCCAGACCCCAGAGGGCUGGUGGUGAUGGCUGGUGGCUGUGGGACAGAGGGGUGCGAGGACUGCGAGAGGGAGAUGGACGAGAUUGAGGACGCCCUAGACAGGGAAGAGGGGGAGGAGAUGGAGAGAGAGGACUGUGAGAGGUGCUGAGGGAAGGGAGGAGGAGGCGUUAAAAAGAGGUUCUGGCCAUCUGAAACUUUUUUUCUUCUUUUCUUUUUUUAACUGUGAAAUGGACUGCUCUUGAUUUCAGUCAUUGCAGUGAUAAUUAUUUCAGUACCUCCAUCCAUGCAUUAAAUCGGAGUAGCUAAAGCUCUGUAAAACCAAGCACAGAGAGUGAUAUGUAUUGUCUGGGUAGAGAUCAAUAUAGACAAUCACUAAGAAAUGCCUGGCAUUGGCCACAUUUAACAUGUAUAAUAUAUCUCACUUUUAUUCUAUGCAUUUGUUAACCCUGUUAUUACUAUCCUGAUAUGGAUAGUAACUGUCCAUCAUGUCAGUUUUCAUGUCAUGUCAGUUCUUCUACAUGGACUGGACCGAUCCUGGGAAUUGUCUGUUGGGACAACUGUCUCAAUAUCUCCAGUUGACGUCCAAAAAUAGAUGAUUUUAUCUUGUAGUUAAAUGAAGAUUGAGUCAAAGAUUACAUAAACAAAACACAGAGCUUUGGAUGUUAAGACAGAUGGUUUCAAAUGCAGAAGAUUAUGUAAAUUAUCUCCCCAGAACUCUUCUGUACAGAUUCUGUCAGACCUGGGCCCUGACAGUAGAUCUCAGUAGGACAAAAAUAAUGCUGAUCCAAAAAUGGUCCAGUCGCCAGGACCACAAAUACAAAUUCCAUCUAGACACCGUUGCCCUAGAGCACACAAAGAAACUAUAUAUACCUCGGCCUAAACAUCAGCACCACAGGUAACUUCCACAAAGCUGUGAACGAGCUGAGAGACAAGGCAAGAAGGGCCUUCUAUGCCAUCGAAUGGAACAUAAAAUUUGACAUACCAAUUAGGAUCUGGCUAAAAAUACUUGAAUCAGUUAUAGAACCCAUUGCCCUUUAUAGUUGAGGUCUGGGGUCCGCUCACCAACCAAGAAUUCACAAAAUGGGACAAACACCAAAUUGAGACUCUGCAUGCAGAAUUCAGCAAAAAUAUCCUUUAUGGACAAGGUAAAACACCAAAUAAUUCAUGCAGAGCAGAAUUAGGCCGAUACCCGCUAAUGAUCAAAAUCCAUAAAAGAGCCGUUAAAUUCUACAGCCACCUAAAAGGAAGCGAUUCCCAAACCUUCCAUAACAAAGCCAUCACCUACAGAGAGAUG